AUGUUGACAAAAGUCUUGGAGGCAACUCCAAACGAUGUUGAAGUUUUGAUAGAUCUUGCUCAGCUUCUGGAAGGAGUUGAUCCGCAUAAAUCGCUCACUCUCUAUGAAAAUGCUUGUGAUCUCAUAAAAACGAGCGAAGAUGGUUUACAAAUUGAUCCUCCAGCUGCUAUCUUAAACAAUAUCGGAGCCUUGCACAUGACUUUGGAAAAUUAUGAAAGGGCGAAGGAGUACUUCAAAGCAGCGGAAGCUAAGCUCCAAGAAGAUUUGGAGGGAGAUCUGUGCGAUUCGAAACUUUCUUCCUAUGUCAUCACUAUGAGAUACAACCUCGCUAGAUGUUUGGAACACUUGUGCUUGUUCGAAGACGCUGAAGUUUUAUACAAAGGCAUUUUGAGAGAACAAGAAAAUUACACGGAUUUUUAUAAUCCCUUCGGCCAUCGCUGUAAAGGACAAAAUAGCCAGUUCGAAUGCAGCCGCUCUUCGUUGGAAUACAUCUACUGGAUAAAAAUUGAUGAUCUGGAUUUUUUCAUCGGCGAUGAGGCCCUAUCUCCUUCCGCAGCUAAUUACUCAGCAAAGUACCCGAUUCGCCAUGGAAUCGUUGAAGAUUGGGAUUUGAUGGAACGAUUUUGGGAACAAUGCAUCUUCAAGUAUCUGAGAGCUGAACCUGAAGAUCAUUUCUUCCUCUUGGCUGCGUAUUAGCAUCGAAAGCAAUGUGGCAAGAUGCCCGUGACAUCUUCGCUCAAGUUCGUGAAGCUACCUCGGAAUUCGAAGAUGUUUGGAUGAAUAUAGCUCAUGUAUAUAUAGAACUUGGACAAUAUGUCCCUGCUUUGCAAAUGUGAGUUUAUGGCGUUCCUCGCUGUUUUGUUUCAUGUUGCACAGAAUGCUUUUUUGAUCUUUUUGUCAUUUUCUUACCAGGUUAAAACCAUAUGCUUAUACUGUGGUGUUACAAGGUUCUUUUUGCAACUAGGAAAUUAGUUUCUCUUUGAAUAUUCUUAUCUCUAACUCCUAGUAUGGUUUUUGUAAUAUGUAUUAACUGUUGUACGUAUGCUGGAG